CAUUCUUCUAUUAAAUGUUUCACGCGGGUCAGUCGCCUGGGUGGAAACGCAGCGCGCGCGUAAAGCAGACGCGCGUGUCUCCACGAGCCGAGAGUUCACGUCGAUGGACUGAUAUGUGACCGGUGUGCUGUGAGUGAUGAGUGAUCACAUGAAGAUGGACCUCUCCUCCUCCUCCUCCUCCUCCUCGUGGAAAGCGGAGUCCGUGCUCAUCUCUGUGAGCUUCGCGCUCAUCUUCCUCGUGGGCACGGUGGGGAACUCUCUGGUGCUCGCGGUGCUGUUUCGUAAGGGACAGAUGAAGACCACCAACCUGUUCAUCCUGAACCUCGGGAUAGCGGACCUGUGCUUCAUCGUGUUCUGCGUGCCCUUCCAGGCCACCAUCUACACUCUGGACCAGUGGGUGUUCGGCGCCGUGAUGUGUAAAGUCGUUCACUUCAUCAUCUUUCUCACCAUGUACGCGAGCAUCUUCACGCUGACCGCCGUCUCUGUGGACAGGUACUUGGCCAUCUGCUACCCGCUCCGCUCCAGACAGAUGAGGACACCAAAGAACGCCAUCGCCUCCAUCGUGCUGCUCUGGCUCUUGGCGUUGCUGUUCUCCGCUCCGUACCUCAGUUACUUCACUCAGAUGGAGCUGGCGGGCGCCGUGCUGUGCAUCCCGGCCUGGGAGUCCAAACCGCGCUUCGUCAUGGACUUGUGCACGUUCGUCUUCGGCUACCUCGUCCCCGUCCUGGUGCUCGGCCUCACCUACGCCCGCACCGUCCGCCACCUGUGGACGAGCGUGGACCCCGCGAAGGACGCGUCGGAGUCGCGGCGAGCCAAGCGCAAGGUCACCAAGAUGAUCGUGGUCGUGGCCGCUCUCUUCUGCGUCUGCUGGCUGCCUCACCACCUCGUCGUCCUCUGCAUGUGGUCCGGACGCUUCCCGCUCAACCACGCCACCUACGUCCUGCGGAUCCUCUCGCACCUGCUGGCGUACGCCAACUCCUGCCUCAACCCCGUCGUCUACGCGCUCGUCUCCAAGCACUUCAGGAAAGGCUUCAGGAAGGUGUUCACCUGCUCGCCGAGGACGAGGAACGCCGUCAACAAGGUGCACGCGGUGCAGCCGGUGAACACGGCGAGCAGUGAGGAGACGUCCAAGUAAAGACGACGACCUUUGACCUUUAAGAAGAGGAGGAGGAGGAGGAGCCAACUGAACAUAGAUGCAUACCUAGAAACUCUUCAAGGUGCAUCACAUUCUGAAAGAGUUGGAAGUAGACGUCUCGAGUCUGGAUUCUUUUUGAGAGGAAGGCGACAUGUGGAAAACGACAGGACAGAAACCUCCCUAAGGGGGCCCCAUC